CCUCCCUCUUCCUAAAGGGGCAGGGCCUCACGUGCCAGCUUCUGUGAUCCAGUGCCCGUUGAGUCCAGAGGCAGGGAGAAGAGCAAAACGGUAGUGACGUCACUGGACCAGCGCCUUAGCGCGCCCUGCCGGGGCUAGCUUCCCGAAUAGAGCUGAUAAAAAGGGGCAAAAGGAGCUGGGGAGGCUGAGAAGAAGGUGGUGAAGGAAUUAGGCCUCUAUCAGGUCACCUCUCUUCUCAAGACCUCACAGUCAUGCCGCUCCCAGCCGCUCUCCAGACCCGCCUGGCCAAGCGAGGGCUCCUCAAACUGGUGGAACCUGAGCCAGAGGAAGAAAUUAUUGCCGAGAACUAUGACGACGAUCCCGUGGACUACGAGGCCACUCGCCUCGAAGGCCUUCCUCCCAACUGGUACAAAGUCUUCGACCCGGUGUGCGGCCUUCCCUACUACUGGAACGUGGAGACCGACCUCGUGUCCUGGCUCAAUCCCCACGAUCCCAGCUCGGUCAUCACCAAGGCGGCUAAGAAACUCAAGAGCAACUUGGAGCCGGAAGACAAGAUGGACUGCGGCCACGAGAAGCCUGACCGAGGCUACGAGAGGCCCGAGCGUGGCUAUGAGAAGCUGGACCGUGGCUACGACAAGCCGACUGACCGAGGAGGAGGCUAUGACAAGGCCGACCACAGGUAUGAGAAGGCUGAGCGGGGCUAUGAGAAGCUGGAGCGGGAGGAAGCCAAAGAGAGACGCUACCAUCGCCGGGAGGAGCUGGCCCCCUACCCUAAGAGCAAGAAGGCCAGCCGCAAGGAUGAAGAAUUGGAUCCCAUGGACCCCAGCACCUAUUCGGAUGCUCCCCGGGGCACCUGGUCAACAGGGCUCCCCAAGAAGAACGAAGCAAAGACUGGCGCAGACACCACAGCAGCUGGACCCCUGUUCCAACAGCGACCAUACCCUUCCCCGGGAGCAGUCCUCCGGGCCAACGCGGAGGCUUCCAGGGCCAAGCAGCAGGAUUGAGCCAGCAGGCCAACAUUAACUUCCUUGGGAUCCACCAUCUUUGUGUUCGUAAUAAAUAAAACUUUUGGAGGGAGGGACAGAAGAAGGGUGCUGGGAGGUGGGGUAGAGAGAGAUGUUAAAAAAAAAAAAAGACUUCCAACUGCAGUUAUAGCAGCACCAGCCUGAUCUGUUUAAAGGGAUAAUAAUACUUCCACCAAAAUGAGAGGUGGGACAAAAUACUAUUAUCGAUUUUUUUUUUAGACAAGUUAAGUGGAUAUAAACUAUUCCGUGCUGGAGGUAACACAAUUUUCAUAGCUUUCAAGGGUGACUUUAAAAAUAUUACAGAAGGGAAUCCUAAUCUUUAAAAAUGAAAGGAAUUAUAGACAUCACGUUUCGGUUUCAUAGCAAAGGACUUCUUGGACCAAAACUCCUGGAGAGAAGCAACACAUUUCUUUAACGCAGAAGAGAAAAACCCAUCACAAACUCAAACUUUGCCCUUUUUUAUUGUUAUGUCCCUUUUCUGCAAUAUAUACUGGCUUAGAAGUACUUGUGAACAAAUGCAUGUGGCCCAUAUUUUUAAUUUUUGAGAAAACCUGAAUGAAACAAAAACCAAAUAGUAUUUUGUAAUCUGGUUCUAAGAUUGAACCCAAUCUUUGUAAACUCAAAAGUUAUGGGUCAGAUUAUUUGCUUUAUAGUUAUUUUAAAAGCACCAUAUUUGAGUAGGGUUUUUAUUUUCCAAAGAACUUUCAUUCAGUGGUCCCUCUAGUUGUCAGUGCUCUCUUUUCACAUAAUCAAAUAUUAUUGUAAACUUAUCCUGUUUUCCUUUUGAAUCACCCAGUAGAAUUUAAGGUUCUUGAGGGCAGGAACUAUUUUUUCUGUAUAUUCUCAGUUUCUAACCUAGUGCCUUAAACUUAGACAUAUAAUAAAUGUUUGUUGAAUGUAA